AUGGCUGGUGUUGCUACAACUAGUGGCGUAGGCGUUUCAUCACUUUUGACUUUGAAGCUAUCAUCAACUCUCUUGUUCUCCGCAGCCGCUAGGAUGAUGGUUAUCGUGAACGAGAUCCAGCCUUCACAACUUGCAGAAGAGCAACGUCAUGCAACAAAUUUGUUCAAGCAGCUCCAGAGACAAAUACAAACUGUCCUUACUCUAAGGGUUCCCAGUGAAGACGAUGUGAAAGAAGCAAUGGAGAAAGUUUUGACAAACAACAAAGUAUAUAAAAGAGAGCAAAGCAGCAUGAAUACAGAGAAAAAUGGAUGGAGUGAAGAUCUUGAAGAGGAAAUGAGAGAGAUUAUUGAAGUGUUGAAGAGGAAAACCGCUAACCGAACUAAAAAUUCGGUUCGGUCUUUGUAUGGUAUUACACAGAAAAUUGUUCGUGAUAUUUUGGAGAUGUUGAAUUACUUGUCUUCCGAAGUUGAUAACAAUAACUUGAUUGCAAUUGAGCCAAGCAUUGACUACAUAAUUAAAUAUUUACUAGGUCUUGAUAAUUAUCCAUUGAUGGCCAGAAAUGAUAAUCAUAGGAUAGGUAUUUGGGGAAUGGGUGGUGUCGGCAAGACGACUAUAGCUGAAGCUGUAUACAACAAAAUUUGGCCUAUGUUUGAAGCUUCUUACUUUGCUUUAAAUGUUAGGGAGAAAUCCAGCAAUCAGAAUACAUUAACUCUCUUGCGACAAGAACUUCUUUCGACACUAAUAAAUGACCGGCAUUCAAAUAUGACUUUCACUUACCAUGCAAAAAGGAGGCUUGGCAGUCAAAAAGUUCUCAUAAUUUUUAAUGAUGUUACAUGUUUUAGUCAAAUAGAAUUUUUGAUUGGGGAUCUUAAUUGUUUGGGUCGAGGAAGUUAUAUUAUUAUUACAAAAAGAAAUAAACAAGUGCUUAGAAACUAUGGAGUGCAUGAACGUUAUAUAUACAAGAUUGAGGGAUUAUCUCAUUGUGGAGCUCUUCAACUUUUUAGUAGGCAUGCAUUUGGACAAAAUCAUCCCCAAAAGGGCUAUGGUGCGUUGUCAGAUAGGGUGGUUGAGUAUGCUAAAGGCAUUCCAUUAGCUCUUAAAGUUUUGGGCUGCUUUUUACUUGACAAAUCAAAAGAAGUUUGGGUAAGUGCAAUAAGUAAACUAGAAAUAAUUCCUCAUGAGGAUAUUCAGAAGGUGUUAAAAGUAAGUUAUGAUAGACUAGACGAUACAGAGAAGAACAUAUUUUUAGAUAUUGUAUGUUUCUUGAAAUGGGAAAACAAAGAUUUUGCAACAGAAUUCCUGGACGCUUGUGGCUUCUAUGCAAAACUUGGGAUAAGUGUUCUCAUUGACAUAUGUCUUGUAACCAUAUCAAAUGAUAACAAGAUAAUGAUACAUGAUUUACUUCAAGAAAUGGGUUGGGAAAUAGUCCGACAAGAAUGUACGAAAGAUCCCGAUGAACGUAGUCGUUUAUGGUAUCACGAAGAUAUCAAUAGUGUACUAGAAGAAAAUACUGGGACUAAAGCUAUUGAAGGCAUAUGUUUAGACAUGUCUAAAGAAAAAGAGAUCAAAUACUUACAACCAGGUGCCUUAGCAUUGAUGCGCAAGCUGAGAUUCUUUAAACUACAUAACCCACAAUACGAAGAGAAUAAUAUUAAUAAAGUGCAUGUUUCCGAAGACCUUAAUUCUAUUUCCACUGAGUUACGAUACCUCUGUUGGCAUGGAUGUCCGUUGAAAUCAUUGCAAUCAAAUUUUCGUCCAAGAAACCUCAUCGCACUUGACAUGCCUCAUAGCAAUAUUGAACAACUAUACCCUGGUGGUGUCCAGCUCCAUAUGUUGAAACAUAUUGAUCUCAGUUACUCCAAGAAUCUAAGAAUUCAAGAUCUUUCGUUGGCUCCAAAUCUUGAGAGUUUGAUUUUAGAAGGUUGUAUGAAUUUGUUUAAGAUUUCCUCAUCUAUUCGGUGUCUUAAUAAGCUUGUCAUCCUAAAUCUAAGCCAUUGCAAAAAUGUUUGUAGUCUGCCAGUGGGCAUUCGCUUGGAAUCUCUUAAAAAGGCUAUCUUUUCUUGUUGCUCAAAGUUCAAGAUAUUUGAUCCAGAGAUCUCAUCUAACUUAGAAGAGUUAUUUUUAGAUGAAACUACAAUAGAGGAGUGGCCCACAUCAAUAGAGAAUCUAUCGAAACUAGUUAGGUUGAAUCUUAAAAAUUGCGCAAUGCUUGAGAAUCUCCCAAUUAAUAUCUGUAAGUUGAAAUCUCUUGAACAUCUCAUUCUGUCAGGAUGUUCAAAACUUGAUGGAUUGCCUGACAACAUAGGAAAUUUGGAAGCUUUAAAGGUGCUUAAAGCUGAGAGAAUUAGAAAAAUGGUAGUACCAUCAUCCAUUGUACAUUUGAGACGUUUGAUGGAACUAAAUUUGACCAACUGUCAUAUCAGGGAAUUACCCGACGAUCUUGGUAAGUUAUCCUCACUAGAAAGUCUACUUCUUGGCAGAAACUUUUUUGAGAGCAUUCCAACAAGCAUCAUAAACCUUUCUAAGUUAUCUUAUCUUGACUUAAGCUUUUGUGAGAGACUUAAAUCCUUACCAAAACUUCCUCAUGAAUUAGAAGGUAUUGAUGCACACAAUUGUACAUCAUUAAAAGAAGUAUCAAAUUUACCUUACCUUUUAUGUGAUCUUGAAUGCUUGGAUGCACACGGUUGGACAGCAGAGGAAGUAUCAUCAAGUUUAUCAACAAGAUUUCCCAAAACUGACUUGAGAAACGUGAGAGUCAACUUUAGCAAUUGCUACAGGAUGGAUCAAAAUGUACUCGAAGAAGUUGUGGAAGAUGCUAUGCUGGAAAUCCAACCUAGCAAAAUAUCAAUGGGGAUCCGCUCUAAGGGAUAUCUUCCACACCUGAGUGCUUGUAUCUGUUUUUCUGGAAUUGAAAUUCCCAAUUGGUUCAACUUUCAAAGUGAGGGAUCUUCUGUAACUCUCUUAGAAGCCUCAGUGCCGUACGGUAGUAAAAUUUGUGGUUUUGCUGUGUGCGCUAUUGUAGAGUUUCAAAACUAUCAUAACGAGGGGCAAGGUUUGGUGGUUGGCCAUCACUACAGGUUGAGACGCGGCUCUAACUACAGGUUGAGACGCGGCUCUAACACUAAUAAUUGGACUGCACCUGGUGCUUUAAAGAGUUGGGACUAUGGCACUGGACCUGAAUUCGUGGACUCGCAUCACGUUUUCCUGGGUUUUGAUUUUCGUCCACAGUUACCAGAAAAUAGGCCUUACCCCAGUGCUUUAGUUACUACCAUCCAAUUUUAUGUUGAGGAUUUGAAUGCCAAACGCACAGGUUGUUGUAACGUGAAAAAGUGUGGGGCAUAUUUUAUUUAUGAAGGGCAAAGGAGUCCAAUUAAAGUGACAUCUCCAUUUGAUAGGAAGGUUGAUAAAAAGAAAGAGAAAGAGAAGGAGAAGGAGAAAGAGGAAACACACAGCAAGAGAUUGAAAAUUUCAAAUUCCUUUAAAGGCAAAUCCAGCUCAAGUUUUAUAUUGCUUACUACUACUUGUGGCUUACAAUUUGGUCCAAAGAUGAUUUUGGAAAAUAUUUUUUACUUCUAUCAUACUACUGGAAUUCAUAUGUCCACAGACUCAUAUGUCUCCUUCAAUGCACAUUUACUUUCUUAUCACUGA